GAGGAGACAGACCGCUGGAGCAGAGUUUUUUUUCACCUCGCGCUCAGGUUGUCAUUCCUACAGGAAGAAGAGGGUGUGACCGACAUUUACCUGUCCACUGCUGCGGCUGUUUGCUGCUCUCCUUUCUGUUUGUCUCUCGUUGGAUUUAACCUUUUGCUGGACGUUAAACACUGGCUUCACUCAAAAGCAAAGCGGAGAAAGCGCUGAAGGAUGCUAAGAAGAUCCUGACUCGUGGCCCCAACAUGAGUGUGACAUCAUGGUUCCUGGUCAGCAGCUCUGGCACACGCCACAGGUUGCCACGGGAGAUGAUCUUUGUUGGCCGGGAUGAUUGUGAGCUAAUGCUGCAGUCUCGCAGUGUCGACAAACAGCACGCUGUGAUCAACUAUGACCAAAACACGGAUGAGCACAUGGUGAAGGACCUUGGCAGUUUGAAUGGGACAUUUGUGAACGACCUAAGAAUCCCAGACCAGACAUACAUCACCCUGAAGCUCUCAGAUGUCAUCCGAUUUGGAUAUGAUGCUCAUGUAUAUAUUCUGGAGAGGAGUCAACACCAGGUCCCAGAGGAAGCUCUUAAACAUGAGAAAUACACCAGCCAGUUGCAGCUCGGUGUAAAAUCCCUGGAGGCCAAGACAAAAGAAAAACAGCAGCUCCAGAGCUCAGAGAAGAGCAAAGAAUCUCUUGCCAGCAUCAAACUGCAGGACAGGGCUGAGCGAAGAGCCCGCUCACUCACAGCUACCACAGAUUCUCCAAUAUCCAAGCCCACUCCUUUGUACGGCCAACCCUCAUGGUGGGGGGAGGAUGAGGACCCAGCCAACAAAAAGCUCAACAGAGGUGGAAGAUCACCAGGACAAGAGUCUCCAGAAUAUGGUAAAGAUACGUCCAGCUAUGAGGUCAAUGGCUCUCUGUCCGACAGUCAAGCCCAGUCCAUCUUCUCCUACCGCCGGGAACCCAGUUACUUUGAGAUCCCAACAAAGGAGUUUCAGCAGCGCUCUCCUAAAAAGCCAGAUUCACAUGUCCACGAGGUUCCCACAAAAGAUACCUCUGAUCCCACUGACUGUAUUCCCUCCACUCCCACACCUCCAGUGGUCCAGAGUCAUGCCUCCUUCACCAUAGAGUUUGAUGAAUGCACACCAGGUAAAAUGAAGAUCAAGGAUCAUGUGACCAAGUUUUCUUUUCGCCAGCAGCGAAAGCUGCCCUCCACGGACUUGGUCACCGCACCCACAGAGGUGAUGUCAGCAGAAAGCAAAGUUGCUGAUUGGCUGGUCCACAGCAAUGCUAGCAUGAUGAGGAGGAAAUCACAGACUGAUGACAUGUACAGCACAAACAGUGACCCAUCAUUUUUGAAAUCCAAGGCAAACCACUGUGACGAUGGCACCCACAGUGACUCAGGAAACCCAGAAAUCAAUGGAAAAGAUUUUUUUCAGUCAGAACUUCCGAUCCAUUCCCGGGUUUCUCCACCAUCACAGAGAAGCCCUACCUCACAACGGUUAACCUCCCCCAACUCUGUGGAGCCUUUGUCCAACUCUCCUGCAGAGUCACAGUCUCUCUCUAGUCUUGACAAGGCUGAGCCAAAGCAGGCCUUUGUCAUCGAAUUUUUUGAUGACAACCCCAGGAAGAAGCAGCCUCAGUCCCUCACCAACAACACGGCCCCACCUGAGCCCUCAAGCCUCAGGGUUCAGCUAGAGAGGGCGAAGAAGAGCACAAGCCCAACUAACGAAAGGCGAGUCCAUUCUGCAGCCUCCACUCCCCCCCCAACACAAAGAUACACUGUCCCACUGAAGGAUUCUGCUUCCACAAGUCUACAAAGAGCUGGCUCAUUACGAAGAGAGAAGACGGAGGACCAAAUCAGCACCAACUUUUCGUCCCGUUCUUCAUCUUCUGUCUCUGUAAAGCCCUUUAGUAGUGUGGGCCGGAGAUCCAAACUCGCUCAAGAAUUUACUGCUGAAUUGCUCAGACAGAAAGAGGAGGCAUCUUCUUCCAUCGGUCAGAAAAAUGCAUCUAGUUCUCCCAGAGCAGUGAAAACUGAGGAAGUGUUGAGAGCACGGUCAAGUCCUCCUCCAUCUAGAGCUCCCUGCCACCCUCAGACUUCCUCUCCCAUCCACAAGCCAGUCCCCCUCAAGACUCCCGUGAUGCCCCCGGCGUCUUAUGACAUUGAAGUCAAGAGCCCCCUUUCCAGCCCAAGAAAUGAAGAGGAGGACACUCUGAGUGAUGCGGGCACCUACACGAUAGAAGCAGACAUCCAAGACAAAGAGCUGGAAGAGGCACGAACCAAAAUUGACCAGGUCUUUGGUGUUGUUGAGCACCCACAGCGAACCAGCCAGAGUGAAGCAGAAACUUCAUCAGCAUUUAAGCCUGUAAUUGUUGAGGGCAGGGAGCAGCAUAGGCAGAGUAACAGUGGGCAGGUGAGGCCAGCUCCAGAACAGGGACAGAGUUCGGUGAAGGUUCAGGCAGCAGCUGCUGUGUUACAGGGGGCCCCUAAGUGGAUGUCUUGCUGGGCCAGCUUGGCAGACGGCUACACAGAAUCUGGCCCUUCAUCUGGACUUUCUGACAAUUCUUCCAAGAUGGAGCUGUCAGGAGUGGCACGAGAUUCAGUCAUCAACAAGGUCAUGCUCAGCCGAAGCAGUGACAGUACGGACUCGAGGGCACGGCGCAUCCUGCCCCAGGUACCAGUGGUGGACAAGAGUGACAUUUCAACCCCCAGCAUUCAUGUUCAUUCCGACCCCCAUACAACGUUUGAGGUACAGGAGAAAAGCAUAGUGGCUUGCACGUCUGAGGAUGGCAUUCACAGGCUGUCAGUGCAGGAUGACGUAGAGCCUGACAGCUUGAGUGAUGCCAGCAAGUCAGAUGAUGGGUCCAUCAUAGAGCAGAGGAGGAAACCACCGUCUGAUACUGAAGAGAAGAGAAAAGAGGAGAAGCACAGACUCGUAACCAAGCCGACAUCUUUUUAUAUUGAGUCAGACGAGGCUCCGGCUAAAACAGAGGGUGGAGAUUUUAAAACCGAGAGAAAACAGGCAAACAAAAUUUUCUCAACAGCUACCCUGACCAAACAGAAAGGUAAUCAUGACUUUGGAAAAAUCAAUCCCAGUGCGUCUGCUCCUAUCCUGGGCCAGAGGACAGAGAGUCCAGAAUUCAAAGACGGUCCAGUAUCUACAUUAAUCAGACAAGAGAGCUUCACCAAGGAGCGGCCUAGCAAUGCCAGAUUGCCCAACAUCUCUAGCCAGCCUUCCAAGAAGGAUCCAGACCUGGAUUUAUCCUCCACUCAGGACACUCACUCUUACCUGAAGGAGACUGAGGAUGUUUUGGCUGUUCUAGAGGCCAAACUCCAAGCAGGACAAUCAGCAACCACUCCAUCUCCGAUAAUGGACUCUCUCUCAGCAGAGUCUGAUGUGGAUACCUCCAGCUCGGUCAGCCAACAUAGUAGUAAGACCAAGCCUAACACACUAACAAAAAAGCCCUCUGUUAGUGGCCUCCAUAGGGAAAUGUCUUCAGCUAGUAUAACUAGUCAGGACUCAAAUCAUCAGCCCAUGCUGUCAGAAAAGCGUCGUACUCAGGGAGCGGACAGUGGCAAUAAGACUGAGUCUGUCAGGAGGCCAGUUGGACUGAGACGUAGUGUUGGAAAAUGUGGUUCCACAGACCUAAGUGAUGACCCUCACAGUUUACCUUACUCUGAUCAGGAGUCUAAUACCUACCAAACCCGCAGGAAAUACACAGUGCCCCUUCAGAAGGAGGACAACAAGGCUUCCAGUGCGUCGCAGGCCUUGAAUCGUGCCAACAGUUUGUCAGCUCCGAGACCCACCAGGACGUCCAUGCUACGCCGUGCUCGUCUGGGAGAGGCCUCAGACAAUGAGGGAACAGAGACUGACCGGCUGUCACAUGAGCCAACCAACAUCCCAGCUAAACAACAGGAAUCCAAGAAACUGUCCAGGCUGGACAUGCUGGCGAUGCCUCGUAAGAGGGCAAGCUCGUUUAACACACCCAGUGACACUGAGUCCUCGUCCACCCCUCAAUGCAGGAGCACAGGAUUCUCCAGCUUAGAGUCCAGCGGCAGCUCUGCUCGAAGGGGCAAUGCCGUGGGAACGAAACCGGUAGAAAGGCCACAGAAAGCAGCGCUCAGCAAGACGCCAGUCACCCGUGGACGUUCAAGCAGUGCAAAAUACACCAGCAGCACAGCAAGCUCGAGGAGGAGACAGAAAGGCUCGGACUAUGCCUCUACCUCAGACGAAGAGUACGACCUAAACCAGAGCACACCUAAACACAAACGCUCCCAACCUUCCUCAGCUUCCCAAGGCGCACGCAAUCCUCCCAGGCCCCAGCCGAUAGUUGCACAGCAUCCAAAGCCCCGCGGCAGAGAUUCAGAAGAGGAGAACCACGAGGAAGGAACCUUCCAAAACUGGUCCACUCACAGUGCUGAGAUUGCACGAUUGAGUCAAGACCUGGCUAAAGACCUGGCAAUCCUGGCCAGAGAGAUUCAUGACGUGGCAGGUGAUGGCGAUCCACAGAAUCCUGGUGUGGAGAGCAGCACACCAGUCCCCACAGUGACCACUCAUGAACAGCUUGUUCAGCGAAUCCCAGAGGCUGGAUUAAACUUCCAGAGAGUCCCACCAAGUUCUGCAUCCAGGAGAGAACCCGAGCAGAGCUCAAAUGACCAGGAACGGAUCGGCAGGCAGCGAGCGCAAAGCAGAGAUGAGGUCGUUGUGGAUCAUCUCAUGCUGAAUCCAGUGAGUCAGAUCAUCGGGGCCAUCAGAGAAAACACGGAGCAACUUGCUGACAAAAUUAAGGUGCUGUUCCAGGGCAAGGUGGAUAUUUGGGAACAAAUGGAGGCAAUAAUUAAUUCUGAUAAUGACAUCCCUGUGAUCAAAACUGGCAACAAGGAAAUCACGUCUAUCUUAAAAGAACUCAGGAGAGUUCAACGACAGCUUGAAGUUAUCAACACAGUCAUAGAGCCGAGUGGUCAGUCGGAAACACCCAGGGCCUCUGCGUCUACCGUCCCCUCCUCGUCUGCAGUUCGCCCCUCCAGGGCUCCGUCCUCGCGAGACUGGAGAGCGGCCCACUCUGCUUCCAGGCGCGGCGGCGGACCAAGGCCCGCCGAGGGUGUCAGGAGAGCAGCGAUGACACAAGGCGACCGCAGAGACGGAUAUUUAGUCUGAGGUCUGUUUCCAACUCACUGCGUGGAUAAACUUCCGCCGCAAUCAUGCUCACACAGGUGUCGGACUCCUGUGUGCAAACUGAAACCGAGCGGGAGGAAGUGAGACUGGAUUAAAAAGAACUGCACCUUCAUACACACAAUACUACUGCACUGUGAGCGCUACACACGUACAGCGAUGCCUGUGCUAUUGUUUUCAUGUGCAGGUCUAAACAUGAGUUGAUGAUUUGAGGAAGUGUCACACUACCCCCUUCUCCUCUGAAAGGCCUCAAACCAGUACUUGAUUCUCUGUUAGAGAUUGUCUACAAAUGAAAUGGGAGAUAUUAUUACUGAUUUUUAAAGCUCAUUGUGAUUCCUCUGUUUCAUUACAAACUAGCCUGACGGGGGCAUUUAUUCAAAAAUCAGAUCUUUGUGUUCCGUGACAUUCAAGGAAUUAUUAGUUUGUUGAUUGUAUUAAGCCCAAAUGGACAGAAACACUUUACAGAUAAUAUAGUUUGUUUGUCUUUGUUUCCCUCAUUUUGUUUCUUUAUGGACCAGAUUUAUGGUUGAAUGUAAAAAGUAUUUAUUAGGACAAUCUCUUGUGAGACACUUGUGUUUUGUUUUGUAACCAAGACAACAUAACUUUGGGAGGGAGUUCAGCUCGAGAGCCAGUCCAGCUCGUCUCCCAUUACACGUUUUGCUACCAGCCAGUCUAUUGUACAGUAUAUGUAUUCUCUUAUAUCACAGAUCUUCGGCUCAUUGACGGGUGUCUCGUUUGUUGAGCUGCAGGUGAAAAUCUCUCAGGAAUGUGUGUCCAAGUUGAAGUCGGUUUAGUAACCUGGCAACCGCAAAUCCGAGAGGCUGUAAAACAUCGGUAGCCACUGCAACGUGAGUUUUUGUGUUGUCUUUAAUGCCUGAGGAGCACAUUUAACAACUGAGGGUCUGACAUUCAUUUAGUAGCAGACGGAAACCAAUCAAUUUCACCCCUCAGAUUGCACCUAAACCUCAGUGUGUUGGUGUUAUACACCAAGAGCUUUCACAUCACCGCGAGAAGAUGAGAUAUUUCCUCAGUGUCGACUGGAGGAGUCAUGCAACUUAAGCAUAGAAGGUGGAACUUCAAAUCUGUCUGUGGCAUCCUGUAAAUGUAUAUAUCUAAAAGCUACCUAUGUGUUCUUCAAAUUACCUCUCAGUCUUGUGUUUUGCACUGCUGUAGUACGACAUUAUUCCUUCAGCCUGAUAUGCUGCCAAGCUGAAAUCUUUGUGAGCAUUCGACGCCGUUAAAAGGUUUGAGCGGGGGAGACGUGCGACUCCGCGACUCUUCUCAGUCCAGCCUGUACAUGUGAAUGUCAUUGGGAAGUUUGUAUAAAGUGCCACGGAGCUGUGUGCGCGGAUAAAUAUAGUGGUUGUUUACAAACCAGCGAAACUGAAUGUUUUGAGUAGUGCUGCUCUUUGCCCACUGUGGAAUAGAUUUCUUCUUUUGUUUCACAGGAAAAGUCAGACUGUAAAUUUGUCUCCUGAUUUUGAUAUUCACUUUCCGUUUCCCUCCUCCUCCUCCUCCUCCUCCUUUUCCUCCUCCCCUCCCUGAAUGUGUAAACAGCUGGUAUUUAUGUUUGGUUAUUUAUGUCAUUUCUUAGAUGGUGAUUCCAGGUUUGUGUUUGUUUUGUCAAAUAAAUUUGAAUAGCAAA